UGGUGCUGGGGGUCUCAGCGCUGCCCCCCCAGCUGGUGGGCACUGCGCUGUGUGUGGAGCGGAUCCGGGACAUGGUGCAGGAGGCGAAACAACGUGUGGGGCUGGACCCCAAAGUGCCACUGAGGUCACUGGGGCUGUCUCUGAGCGGGGCGGACGAGGAGGACGCAGUGAAUGCGCUGCUGGCGGAGCUGCAACGCUGCCCCGAGCUCAGCAACAACUGCUGCGUCUGCAGCGACGCCGACGGGGCCAUGGCCACUGCGUGCAGCGCGGGUGGCAUCGUUCUUAUUGCGGGCACUGGCUCCAAUUGCCACCUGCUGAACCCCGACGGCUCCCGUCACAGCUGUGGGGGCUGGGGCCACAUGUUGGGCGACGAGGGCUCAGCCUAUUGGGAAUUCGCACAGCGGGCCAUAAAGGUCCGUGUUUGGGGAAAACCGCCAAAUGGGAACAACAUGGGAGGCGGCCCCCAUAUGACCCAUCGGACGGAGCUGCGCCCACCUCUAAUAGGGAACUUCCGAAAGCCAAAAUCGCCGGGGUUCUGCGUCAAGGUGGCGGAGGGUGCCGUUGCCGGUGACUCCCUGUGCCGCCAUGUUUUCCGUCAGGCCGGGGAGCUGCUGGGCCGCCAUGUUGUGGCUGUGCUGCCCCACGUCCAUGAGAGCCUGUUCCGGGGGGAGCUGGGGCUGCCCAUCGUCUGCGUGGGAUCCGUAUGGAAGAGCUGGGAGCUGCUCAGAGACGGCUUCAUUGGCUCCUUACACCGGGCCGGUUCCGUGCCCCCCCCGCUCUGUUCCCUCCACUUCUCCCUAUUGUGCGGCUCCGUGUGUCCCGCGCUGGGGGGGGCCGUGCUUGGGGGCGCUAGCGCGUGGGACAACAAACUGCCCGUAGAGACAGCAUAA